AUGACAUCAAGAACACCACUUCCUUCAGUGACGACCAAGACGGACUCACAGCCCGCUCCCAAUGGCAUGGGCAAUGGCCUGUUUGCAACGACUGAUAUCAAUCCCGGCGAAGAUGUCCUGCACAUCAAAACACCAUUUGUGGCUGUCCUAGACUCGCCGCGUUUGGAAGACACAUGUGCUGGCUGCUUUGGAAAAAGGCAGAUGGAAACUGGGAAUGAGUUAAAAGCUUGUACAGGAUGUCGUGUCGUGAAGUAUUGCGAUAGGACGUGUCAAUCGAAAGAUUGGAAGUUUGCGCAUUCCCUCGAAUGCCCCAUCUUCAAGGAAAUCAAGCCGAGGGUGCUUCCCAACAAUGCCCGAGCUCUACUGCGUAUAGUGCUGCGCACUGCGCGCAACAAGUACGACCCUGAGGAAUUCAAGAUCUUUGAGGGCUUGGAGACCCAUAUCAAUGAGAUCGCAGCGAGUCAGGGCCAGCUUGACCGGAUUAUCCUGACAUCAAGAGCCGUCAAGAAUUACUCGGGGACUGACGUGGAAGAAGGAACCGUUUCUAAUUAUGCUGCCAAGCUCGAUCUCAACUCCUUCAAUCUGACCACUUCCAUGUACGAUCGCAUCGGUCUCUACCUGCAUCCAUACGCAGGUUUAAUCAACCACAGCUGCGACUACAACUCCACAGUCGGGUUUGACGGCGAAGAACUGUACGUGAAAGCCAUGCAGCCCAUCAAAAAGGGCGAGCAGAUCUUCAUCUCCUACAUCGACACCACAACGCCCUACGACAUCCGGCGCAACGAACUGAAGGAACGCUACUUCUUCGACUGUCAGUGCACAAAGUGCGCCAAGGGUACUGAGACUCUCGAGGAUCGAUUCUUGUCCACACAAAAAGACAAGACACCCCUCGAGACAGCAGAGCGCGAAGCCCUACAACUCUUGCAGACUGCCAUUGCAUCCGACACAGAGCCAGCAGACUCAAUCGAAAAGCUAGAGGCCGCUAUGCACAAACUCCACGAGACCGGUGCAUGGCCUCUCAUCCGGCAGCCAUAUGCCUCUCUCCGUGACAAGCUUAUCAUCUCUUUACUGACAGCUGGCAAAUUCACCCGGGCAUUCAUCCACGCUGCUAUCCGGUUCUUGCGGAUCGAUCCUCUCCUCUACGACAAGGCUCAUCCCAUCCGGCACGUACAUGCAUGGAGCUUGGUCAGACUAACAGUUUUCCUUUCUCAAGAGGGCUUCCAAUCGGAUCCUAAAGACCCUGUCCAGAUCCAAGACUUCCAGCUCAACUUCCAUUACCUUAUCUGGUAUAUACUGGCCGAACUUACUAGCACUCAGUUGGAGAGUUGUACUGUUCCAAGUUUCAAGAAGCUUGUUGGAAACCAGUUCGUGCAGGUUCAUAAUGAGUUCAAGGCCAAUGGUCUUGAUCCCAGCAAGAAUAAAGCGCUUCUCUCUGCUGAGUGGAACAAGCUGGAACGUCUUGUCGACAAGGCUCUGGAGAAAGAGUAA